GUUUUGUCCGAUACAUUCUGGGAUCCGUCACAGAGUGCAGCCAUGGCCUCGAUGAUGCUGACCGCUGCGCCCCUCUGCUCAGCACCGUCUCGCCAGAGCAGCUUCCAGGGCACCGCAGUGCGCAGCAAGCCCGCUCUGUCUCGCCGUGUUCUGUCCCUGAGCAGGGCUGUUGCUGAGGAGAAGGCUGCCUGGAAGCCACCGACAUUGGAUCCCUCCACCCCUUCUCCGAUUUUCGGCGGCAGCACAGGAGGUCUCCUGCGAAAGGCUCAGAUCGAGGAGUUCUACGUGAUCACAUGGGACGCAAAGAAGGAGCAGGUGUUUGAGAUGCCCACUGGCGGCGCGGCCAUCAUGCGCUCAGGCCCCAACCUGCUGAAGCUGGCCAGGAAGGAGCAGUGCUUGGCGCUCUUGACGCAGCUGCGCAACAAGUUCAAGACGGACGGUCAGAUCUACCGUGUCUUCCCGGACGGUGAGGUGCAGUACCUGCACCCCAAGGACGGCGUGUACCCCGAGAAGGUCAACGCUGGCAGGACAGCAGUCGGCGCCAAGGACCGCAGCAUCGGCAAGAACACAAACCCCGUCGCGGUCAAGUUCACCGGCAAGCUGGGCACCUACGAUGUAUGAUCAACCACAUUGUAGUGUGGGCGGCUUUGGGAAGUAGAAACCGAGGAAGGGAGGGCAAUUAUGGUUGUCAAGCAAUUGCAGAGGGAUAGCCCAAUGUCCAUGUCCUGCUAUUGCAAAAAGAAAAGAGUGCAAUUGCACCGACCGUUGUAGCUUUUGUAGAUGCUGCAGACUGAGAAGAAAAAGCAAAUCACUGUUUUCCAGGGUUUGGAUGCAAACCAUUUGACGACUAGUCAAACCUUCAUGAGCAUGAGUGUAAGGAUCUGGGUAUUGUC